AGCCGCGAGUCGAUACUUUACAGCUAGACUUCCAGGCCCAGUUAUUUGCGCUUAUUGUGAGCAAUUUACUACAUCUAAAAAGCAGCCUGGGUUUCAGAUGAGGUGAACUUGUUGUCGACCGUCAGUGACAACGCAGUUGGUUUUGACUGCGUAAUAUUAGACGAUUGGAACUGCACUAAAUAUUAGGAUACCAGUUACUAUGACCACUACGCUGUCUUUCAAGAAGGGGAAAGUCCUUUUGCGCGAAGCGCCGUAUGCUGCCGCGAUAUGUGAGGUAUCUCUUGCCAGCUCUUGUUCUUACUGUUUUAAAGAUGCAAAUGUAAAAGCGUGCUCAAAGUGCCGGACUAUUUCUUACUGUUCGAAGGAGUGCCGUAAAAAAGAUUCAGCAGACCAUAAAAUCGAAUGUAUUGCUAUUCGAAGAACAGAAGGUCAAUCACUGGAUACUGAAACCCGCCUUGUAAUUCGGGCGAUCUCUAAACACCAUCGAGAGAUACAGCGUGGUGUUCUCUCGGUUGGAGAUUGGUUCGGUGUUAAGCGAACCAUCAUCAAUUUAGUUUCCCAUAUCGAUUAUCUAGCAAACCAAACGGAUUUGUUUCGGGGCACCUCAACCAAAGCUCAAAAUAUUCUUAAGAUAAUUGGGGAUUUAAUCCCAUGCUUUCAUGAAGAGCUCAUUGGAAUGAUCCAACGCAUUCGGCUUAAUUCGUACGGUAGCCAAAACGUGGUCGCUGUACAUUUAGCUGCAUCGAAAUUUGAUCAUUCGUGUCAACCGGAAUUACCUAUUACUCAUGUUUUUGAUGGUCGUAAAAUUACAUUUAGAGCGCUAGAAGAUUUCACUUGCGAACGUGACCAGAUGCGCAUCAGCUACUUACCGCCGUUACUUAGCUAUCCCGUUCGCCAAGACCUUCUGAUGACACGUUACUAUUUUGAAUGCGAUUGUAAUAAGUGCUGGCAGGACUAUUAUGAUGAAGCCAAAGAAGAGUGCGAACCUUCCUUAAGUGAAGAAAUAGAAGCGGUUAUCGCAUUGGAAUCAUCCUCCGAAAUUUUAGAAAAAGGGAAAGAGCUGUUGUCACGAAUGGAACAUUUGCCUCCGGAGAACUAUUGGAUGUAUCAAUUGCGGUGCGCGAUGCAAUCUGCCGCUUUUACGGAGGAGCAGUACUAUGAUAGCUUACAGCAUGGAUACCAUGCGUAUAUGGGAACAGAUGUUGCCUCCUAUCAGGCAAAGGUACUCUACACUAUGUAUCUGGCUCUUCGCGAGUUAGGUUGGAACAAUGAAGACCACGAGCAUCACAAAUACUACCUAGAGUGUCUACGCAAGGGGGGCAGUCUCUUUGAAGUCUGCUUCGGAAAGAAACACCCGAUUAGCUCGGAACUACGUAAAGCGCAAAAGAUGAUCUCUCGUGAAUGAAAAUCGAACUCAUAUAGUCCUUAAAGCAUGACGACAAGACAUGUGUAUACCACAAUGCGGUGGCGGCGUUAAUAAUUCGUUAAGACAAACGAAUUAGCAAAUUUUACACAUCCAUUAUCUUUCCUGCGUCAGAAUCAUAAAUAGAGCAAAACAGGAAACAUUGAAAAGGAACCUAAAUAUAUACCUGACUAUUUGAAAUCAUACUAGUCGCAGUUUUUAAUCUUAUCAUUGCAUAC